AAAUUUAGAAUUGAUUUGGCGGUGGUUUUGAUAUACCUUGCUACACUGUUUAGUUUUCAGUGUACCUGAGAGCUACAACGAUAGUAUUCAUAGUUCCUGGAAGUUACUUAUUUCGUCUGUUUGGAGAAGAUUUAUGACAUCUAAUUUUUUCGAGGAAAGAUAAUGCACAAUCCUAAAAAGUUGUUUCACUAUUCAUUUUUCUUAUGAUUGUCUUAUGGUCUGGUUUUGGUGCUUAAUAUUUGUCCAUCGACCCAGGUCAACUUCAUCGAACCUCCACUUUUGUUAUGCAGACUGGAAGUUGUUGCGAUGACAGCACAGGCAGUGUGGGUGGAGAUAGUGAAACAAAUACGACAGUUGCCAGUAGUCCCGGUCUUGACCUUCCUGUUACCAAAGGCUCCCCAUUAUUACCGGAACCUCCUGAACAUAUUAUUGCAACUCAACUCCCAACUUACGACAAUUUAACAUCAACUUUUAGAAAAGGAAUUUUUAAAAUGGAGAGUACCAUCAGCUCGACGUUACAAAACACAGCCACCACUAAUGCAUGUGAAUCUUCAACCCCUAAAUUUGCUAAAGCAGCUUGCGAUGCCUCUAUCUUAAAUCCAUUCUCUAACCCUCCAUCUUUUGAGCCACCAAGUUUGCCUUAUUCCUAUUCAGAAAACAUUACAUCUGGUAUCUCCAAUUACCCUUUGCAAUUUACUCCAAAUACAUCUACAUCUUCGUCUUUUCCUUCUCCUGGAUCAGCUUUCACGGAACUUCAUCCAAAAAUCGGUCCAUGCAGUAAAUCUCAUUUUGUUCAACCUUCAGCAAUAUCAUCUAUGUCACCUAAGUUGAUUACUAAAGAAGAUACUCAUCCAAACUACCCUACUAGUACUUCUGUUCAUAACCAAAAUGAGGUGUCAUCUAGUAAUCCCAAAAAUGUGAUUGUGAAAAAGUAUUUGUGUCGUACAUGCGGUCGAACACAUGAUUCCAUGUCUCCUCACAUUUAUAAUUACACACAAACAGUGGAUGCGGAUCUCUGUUGUACCCUAUGUCGACAACCCUUAGUUGAUCCAUUAGAUACCAAGUGUGGUCAUACAUUUUGUUCUCCUUGCUUAAAAAAUCAUCUAGCUGUCCAAGCACUUUGUCCUGUAGACAAGCAAAUUAUCAAUUAUUUACAGUGUCAACAAGCUUCUAAUAUUGUGAAACGAUUAUUAGACAAGCUAUUAGUUGCUUGUCCUAAUUCACCUACCUGUGAUAGUAUAGUUUAUCGGUCAAAUCUUGAAGAACAUUUACGUGAAUGGUGUAUCGGUGUACAUUCAUGUAGCGCAAUAAAAUCAACCUCUCGUACAGUACAACAACAUAAUCAAUUCAAAAAUGUCUUCUUAUCCACUUUUAUAGGAACUGAGUCAUAUGAUUCAAAUAUGUUACAACCAAUAGUAUCUGAUUCAACAAGAUGUCCCAGGAUAAUCGACUCACAAAAUGCUAUGAAAAAUAAUCUUUUAACACAGGAACAACAAAAUAUAUACUACCAUAAUUCAAAUAAUGAAUCCAAUUCUAGUUUUGUUUAUCCAAAUCAAUAUAUAAAAGAAUUUUCUCAUAUUUAUCCAUCAGUUACACGAAUAGAAAUGGAUAAAUUAAAUAAAACAAACUACGAUCCAAGUCUACCAUCUGUUGAAGAAUCCUCUGAUUCACCAACUGUAUAUGAAGGUGUUCCUGUCUCAAUUUUAAUUUAUCGUCCAACUGACUGUAUGGAUUUAGGUUUCACAUUUGUUGGAGGUAUUGAUACACCUCUUGCAUGCAUACUAAUUCAAGAAAUAUAUUUAGAUGGACCUGUUGCAACAGAUGGACGUCUUAGACCAGGAGAUCAGUUGUUAGAGGUGAACGGCAACUUAUUGACUCAUGUUACGCAUGCUGAAGCACAGAGCAUUUUGACCACCCCAUCAUCAGUAGUUCAAUUCACUGUUUUCCGUGAACCAGUUUCCUUAAAUGCACAACAUCAAUCACAACCUCAAUAUCACCAAGAAAUAUUCUACGUCAAGUUAUGCAAACGUCAAGGGAAAGUUCUUGGAAUUAAACUUGUCGGAAAAAAACAUUUACCAGGACUAUACGUACUGGAACUUGUCGCUGGUUGUGAAGCUGAUCUUGAUGGAAGAAUAAAAAAGGAUGACCGUAUAUUAGAAAUUAACGGAAUUGAUUUAGAGAAUGGGACACAAGAACAAGCAGCUCAAAUAAUUAAUUCUGUUUCGGAUUAUGUUAUUUUUAAAAUAAGCCGUCGAAAUCGAUCUGAUACACCGGAUAUUUUAAGAACUACAACAGAUUCGGAAGAGAAAUCAGAGAAUAGUUUAUUAGCUUUGGAACCAUUACAGCUCAAUUCAAAUAAUCAACGUCCACGUAAUAAUAAUAAUAAUAAUAAUAAUAAUAAUAAUAAUCGUGAAUCAUCAAAACCAGUCCAUAAUUUUUCAUGGUCAAGUUUGGAUGACCGAGAAAUAAAUUUUUCUGACACUACUGCUCAUUCAACUACAGAAUUAAUUCAUUCUUCAAAUGAACAGAAAUUAGCCUGCUUCAAUCUGUCAUCACCAACAACAACUGACGAGAAUCAACAACCAGAAAGAGUGAAUCAUACUUUUAACGAGUCGACAAAUCGUUCUAAUCCUGUAGAUUCAGCUACUCCAAGUAGUCCGCACACUCGAAACAGUGAUAAACAGUUUACUUCAUCAUCAGCUGAACCAUGUCAAGAAAGGACUAUUGUUGUGAACAAAAGUUCGGAAGAACCCUUGGGCAUAUCGAUUGCCGGAGGACGUCACUCACAACGUGGAGAUACACCCAUCUAUGUAACAAAUAUUAGUGUUGAGUGUGUUCUGGGUCGAUCAAAGUCGAUUCAAAGAGGUGAUAUUCUGUUGGAAGUAAAUGGUAUAGGUUUAGUUGGGCUAACUCAUCAUGAAGCUGUAGAAGUUCUUAGACGAAUUAGUUCGAUGCAAACACAUAUACAGUUACGUGUGAUUACGGCUCCUGAGACAAAUGAUGGUCCGGAGAAUUUCAUGCCAUCAUGGACAUAUUGGCUUCGAUUACCUCCAAUAUGUCAACUUGCCCGAGUUAUACUUCUUCGACGAGAAGCCAGUACUCCUAGCUACAGUGACUGUCCUAUCUCUCAACCUCUUGGCUUCAGUAUUGUUGGCGGUCUAGGACAUGAUCAAAGUACAACAAGUCAAGCAAAUUCAAAUAAUUCAGAUGAAAAACUGAGUAAAUCAUCUCCAAAAGUACCCUCUAAAGUGGGUUACUCAAAUCUAUAUCCCUCACCAAUUGUGAUAAAAUCUAUAGUUCCUGGUCUUCUAGCUCACAAAGAUGGUCGAUUAAAAUGCGGUGAUAUAAUCUUAGCUGUGAAUAAUAUAUCCAUGCUUAAUAUUCGUCAUUCAUCAGCAGUUCGUUUAUUGAAACAAGCAUCAGGAGAUGUUGUUUUACAAGUGAUUUCUUGGCCUGGUACAAUUGUUUAAAUUAUUAUUUUACACUAAUGAAUUAAUAAAUUUUUUUGCCAGUCUUAUGAAUUUCGUAUUGAAGAAAUAAUAUUGGCAAAAUACUAAUCCAUUUAUUGGACAGUACUCUAUAAUCAAAGAAAAUACAACUGGAUUUAUAUUAGUAUCAUGCAUUAUUAUUAUUAAUAUUACGAUUAUUAUUACAAAUUAAGAUGAUAUAUAUUCAUUUUUUUUAAUUUCCACAUUUGCCAAUCAUCAUGCAUUUUGAUUUUGGCAUUUGUCUAUGGUGUAAUCUGUGUUUGUCUAAUAGCUCACUUUCACCCCAACUAUAUGCUGCCUUUUGUUCAACUUUUUUUUUCAUUUCACACAUAUACACACCUCAGUUUAUACAUAGAUGUCUAUAAUCUCUAUCUUAAAUCAAUAAUAUGACAUCCGGUGAUUAAAACACAACACUUCUGUCUAUUUCCUUCUUUUUUCUUUCCAUCAGAAGUUACUCUUCUCUUUGCGUAAAUAUUGAUGUAUUUGUGUGUCUCGUAAACUUUUUGUAUCUCUCCUUAAUUUCCCUUAAAAUUUUAACGAUUGUCGAAAAACUCUUUGUCUUCCAGUACACCAUCAUAGUUUAUGUGUGUUUAUGUUUCGUGUUUAUUCUCCUGUUCUAUUGUAAUUUCUUUCUUUCAUUUCAAGCGCUUUAUUCAAUCUUCUCAGUAUUCUUAUAAUGAUUGUUAAUAAAUUAGCGUUAGUAUUAUAUUUAGAUUCAUUUUUCAAACUACUGAUACUCAACAAAAUACUACUUAUGAAAAAUAUAUAUAGUUGGAUAUACACACUGACCGACCUACUUACACAUAUAUACCAUACCGCAUUAUCAGACAAAAAAAAGAUUUCACUAAAACAAUUCAGAUAGUAAUGAUAAGCAUUUCUCUCUCUUUUUCUUGUGCGUUGUUCAAACAAAUUCUUGAUAAAUUAAUAUUAGCAGAGGAAAUCAUAUUUUAUUAUGCUUAGUCUGCUACACUUUGGCUUACUUCACUAUUUAACUACCACUUAUACUACUACUGUAACAAAAAGUAAUAAAGAAUUCAACUUGUAAUUUACUAAUUCAUAUUCAUAUUGUGAAUUUUAAAUAAAUUCAUUGAAAUUAUGUUUUUUUUUUAUAAUUUAGAUUAAAUACAGUUAUACAUGCUGAUCAUUUACGAUUAUAAUAAACUUAAUUUCUUGUAUAACUAACAUUAGAUCUACAUAUCUAUCGAUCUCUCGUUGUUUGCCACAUGAGAUGUUUUAAAGUGAUUCCAGAAUGAUUGGCUUAGUGUUUUGUUUGUAUUGAUAAUUUUUUAUUUUACUAAUUGUAC